AUGCCGGCAGCAGCACCCCCGGAAAAUGGUGCGGGCGUACCAAAAACCGAGCUGCAGGAGCUCCAAAUUAAACAGCAGCAGGUGGUCGAUGAGUCCUUGGACAGUACCCGCCGUAUGCUGGCACUAUGUGAGGAGAGCACUGAGGUGGGAAUGCGAACCAUCGUAAUGCUGGAUGAACAAGGAGAACAAUUGGACCGAAUCGAGGAGGGCAUGGACCAGAUCAAUGCCGACAUGCGUGAAGCUGAGAAGAAUCUGAGUGGCAUGGAAAAAUGCUGUGGUAUCUGUGUCUUACCGUGCAACAAAAGCGCAUCCUUUAAAGAGGACGAUGGUACCUGGAAGGGCAAUGAUGACGGUAAGGUGGUGAACAAUCAGCCCCAGCGAGUAAUGGACGAUCGCAAUGGAUUGGGCCCGCAGGCUGGUUACAUCGGCAGGAUCACGAACGAUGCCCGGGAAGAUGAAAUGGAGGAGAACAUGGGUCAGGUGAACACGAUGAUCGGUAAUCUGCGAAACAUGGCGCUCGAUAUGGGCUCCGAGCUGGAGAAUCAGAACAGACAGAUCGACAGAAUCAAUCGCAAGGGAGAAUCCAACGCCACCAGGAUAGCAGCGGCCAACGAACGGGCUCACGAUCUGCUGAAAUAA